AUGCUGUCAGAGUCUGUUAGCAAAUUCUGCACGCUUUCUGACGCCGUUGAAGAUUUACAGCAUAUGAAUUACUUGGAACGCGUUAUCAAGGAAACACUGAGACUCUUUCCCGUUGGGCCUAUUAUAGCACGACGACUUGAUGAAAAUUUACAAAUAGGAGAAUAUAUUUUGCCGGAAGGCGCUGAAGUUGGCAUAGGAAUAAUAUAUAUGCAUCGAAAUGAAAAGUAUUGGCUAAAUGCAUUGACGUUCGAUCCAGAUCGAUUUCUCCCGGAGAACAUGAAGAAUAUUCAUCCUUAUUGUUACAUACCUUUUAGUAAUGGUCCAAGAAACUGUAUAGGCUCAAGGUAUGAAUGA